AUGACACACGACAUUUUCAAGCCGCAUUGGUCGCGAUACCUUGGGCCCGAAUCUCCCGAUCCUCAAAAAUAUCGAUACCAGACUCACGACCGCUCUGUCUUCGCGUCGCCAUUUGGACCAUUCCCACCGGCCCCAGAAGACCUCAACAUUCACGAACUGUGCUUUCCACCGGGCAAUCCGCUGCCAGAAGACUACCCUCUCUUCAUAGACGCUGCCACAGAACAAGUCAUCACAUUGCAUCAAUUCUAUGCGCGUGUAUGUGCAUUAGCACGUGUUCUCAGGCAUGAUGGCCCAAAUCCACUUGGUCUGGGCAAGAGCCCAAGGCACGAUAAAGAAGAUGGCGAAAUCUUGGGUCUAUUUUCGCGCAACCAUCUAGACUAUCCUGGAGUAGCGCACGCUUGUUUCCGAUCAGAGUUGGUGUUUGGUGGCAUUAGUCCAGGCAGUACACCAUACGAGCUCUGGUGGGUGUUGCGCAAGAUGCAAAUUACAAGCAUCAUGUGCCAUGAAACGUUGUUACCUGUAUUACAGGAGGCGUUCAAGCUGGGCUCUGGAGACCGUGAUAAUCUACCACUGAAGCUUGUCCUGGACCCGAAGAAGGUGAUUGUGCUGAGCGACAACUCAAACUUGGAUGCAGUUGCCGGACAUCGAACCAUCGAAUCGCUCAUCCAUGAAGGCAUGGAGCUACCCGAAAGACCACGGAAAUUGCUUGGAGGUGACAGGAUGGCGUAUCUUUUCCAGUCUUCCGGUACUUCUGGCUUACCCAAGGCGAUGAUAAUUACCCACAAAAACGGGUAUCGUUCAGGCAUGCAGACAAUCAUCACAGCAGUACAAACAGCUCGAUACGCAGGCGUUGAGCCUUUGUCACCUCCGACACGCAUGCUAGGCGUCAUUCCCAUGUACCACUCUUAUGGCAUGCUUCUCUGGAUUCUGCGCAUCAACAUGCUGCAAAACACGAGCAUCAUGCUGCCCAAAUGGGACAUCGAGCUCGCACUCAAAAGCAUCCAGAAGUACAAGAUCACGCAUCUCCCACUCGUCCCACCUCUCGUACGACAACUCGCUCAAAGCGACCUGACAACAAAGUACGACCUCAGUUCAGUCAUUGGUGCUGCUAGUGGUGCUGCCUAUCUCCCGCCGGAUGUCGCAUACCAACUUGCGAAGAAACUGCCUCAAGGCGCAGGGAUGCCUGUUCCCAGUGGUUAUGGUCUUUCGGAAGCAGCUAGUAUUGCCAGUCCAGCCGCACCAGGAAUCUUUGGUCUCGAGCCUGCCUUACCGGGAACAAUCGGGUAUCUAUUACCGGGCAUGGAAGGUCGUGUUGUUGAUCUCGAUACACUGAAAGACGUACCCAAGGGCGAGAAAGGCGAGCUGUGGGUACGAGGUGCGGUUGUCACGCCAGGGUACUUCAAAGACCCAAAGGCAACGGCUGAAAUCUUCACCGAGCCGGAUUGGCUGCGUACAGGUGAUUUGGUAAUCCGCGAUGAUCAGGACCGCAUACAUUACCUUGACCGAUUGAAAGAGAUGAUCAAGGUUAAAGGCCUACAAGUUGCUGCAACUGAAGUUGAAGAUACGCUGCUCGAGCAUCCCGAAAGUCUGGUUCGCGAUGCUUGUGUAGCUGGUGUCGAUAACGGAAGAGGCGAUGGGUCGUUGUUCGUCCGAGCAUGGGUGGUACUGACAGGUGAGGGCAAGAAGCAGGGUAAGCAUACUGUAGCGACGAAAUUGGAUGAGUGGGUGCGAAGCAGACUCAGUAAGCACAAGUGGCUCACCGGAGGCAUUGAAGUUGUUGAAUCAGUAAGUCCGACUAGUUUGAAGAUGUAG